GAGAUUCAAAGGUCUCUGAACUCUAAUCAUCAAAGCUAGGAACUCUGUUUCUUCUUCAUCUCGCUUGAAUCGAGAAAAAGAGAACCCAGAACGAGACCUUCAUUAGAAUAGAGAAAAUUAUCUAUUGCGCCAUGGAUUCAGGUAGUAGGUCGAUGUGUAACAACAUGACACAGGUUUUUCAUUUUUCAUCUGGAAACCCUCGUAUCGAAGAAACCAGGGGCGUCAUGCAUCUCUUCUCCAACGAUCUUUCUUCUCUCUUACCUGUGGAAAGAAAGCCUCUCCUCUGUGUGCUUAAGGUUCCGAAUCACAUGACAUAUGCAGAUUUUUGUCAGUUUUGUGGUUCAUUUGUCAGUUAUUUGGUAUCUUGUGUGUACUCCUCUAGGAAUGAUGGAAUGGAAGAUUGUUACAGUAUAUUGAUUAGGUUUGAUGAGCAGAAAGCUGCAGAUACUUUUCACAAGCAUUUUAAUGGUAGAAGAUUUUCAUCUCUUGAGGAAGAGACGUGCAAUGUCUUUUUUGCUGCUGAUGUUCAUUACACCGGUUCAAUUGAACACACGCAGUCCAUACCUGCAAGCUCGACAGAGCAACCGUUUUGUCCUGUUUGUCUUGAGAGACUGGACCAGGAUACAAGUGGAAUUCUCACAACCAUUUGUAAUCAUUCUUUUCAUUGUUCAUGUAUUUCAAAAUGGACAGAUUCUUCAUGCCCCGUAUGCCGAUAUUGCCAGCAGCAGCCUGGAAACUCAACAUGUUCUAUCUGUCAAUCACCAGACAAUCUAUGGAUGUGUGUUAUUUGUGGUUUUGUUGGGUGUGGAAGAUACAAAGAAGCUCAUGCUACAAGGCACUGGAAGGAGACACAACAUUGCUAUGCACUUGAAUUGGAAACACGGCGUGUCUGGGACUACGCAGGGGAUAAUUAUGUUCACCGUUUGAUUCAGUCUAAAACUGAUGGGAAGCUGGUUGAGCUCAACCACCAUUGUAAUCAUGAUAAUGAUGGCUGCUGCAGCUGCGAAUGUGGUACAGAUCCUGGAUUCAGUGAGACUAUUUUAAACAGCAAAGUUGAAGCUAUUGUGAACGAGUACAAUGAGCUCCUGACUUCGCAACUGGAGGACCAAAAAAUGUACUUUGAGUCCUUAUUGCAAGAGGUUGAAGAAGAAAUUGAAAGGGAAACUAAGGAAGCUGUUGAGAAAGCUCUAUGCCAGAAUCCAAGGUUAAUGAAGUUUAAAGUUCGUUUGGACAAAUGCAUUGAAGAGAAGAAAUUUCUUGAUGAUAUCAAUGACAAUCUUACGAGCAACAAGGAGAUAUGGGAAGCCAAGAUAUUGGAAAUUGAAGAAAGGGAGAAGAGGACGAGAGCGCUGAAAAUGAAGGAUGAGAAGAUAGCCGAAUUGGAGGAACAGAUUGCGACUUUGAUGGCAUCCAUCGAAACAUAGAAAGCAUUUCAAGGGAUGCAAUAGUCAAAUGAUGAAAUGAAGGACAAGAUCACCUUUAAUAUCAAACAAUUUCAUCAGAUUGACAGAAACUAAUUGAACUGGAGUAGAUGCCUCUGCAAAGAGACCUCGAAGUCGAGUGUCAGGGAUAGCAGCCAGUGAUCUACAGUAGUAUUAUACAAAGUGCAAAUGUGAAAAUACCUUUUCCUUGUAUAUAAUACGAAUAGUAGGUGCUGUACAGAAAACCCUUUCGCCGCCAUCUCAAUCGAAAGUAGUUCCCAGCUUUUAGACGA